AUGGAGAAAACAAAAUCAUCCCUUCAUGCUCACGCUAACGAAGGUCUCACCACUGUUCUUUCUAUUGAUGGAGGCGGAAUAAGAGGGAUUAUUCCAGGAGUUAUGCUUGCAUUCCUAGAGUCUACGCUUCAGAAGAUAGAUGGUGAUCAUGUAAGGCUUGUAGAUUAUCUUGAUUGGGUUGUAGGGACGAGCACAGGUGGCCUUAUGGCGUCCAUGCUUACUACCCCAAAUAAAAUAAUCGUCCCUUAUAUGAUGCUAAAGAUAUCGUCCCCUUUUAUCGCCAACACUGCCCUAAGAUUUUCCCCCAACCCAGGCCCCAAAUAUAAUGGGAAGUAUUUACGUAAGCUGUUGAAGGAAAUACUAGGAGACAAACAUUUGCAUGACAUGUUGACUAACAUUGCAAUCACAACUACUGAUAUAAAGCAAGGAUGUGCAGUUAUUUUCUCCAGCCAUAAGUUGAAAAAGGAUCCCAGCCUAGAUGCUUUGAUGUCGGAUAUAUGUGUCGGAACUUCAGCAGCCCCAGCCUACCUUCCACCUCAUCAAUUUAAUACCACAACUUCAACAGGCGAAUCAAGAGAAUUCAAUCUCAUUGAUGGUGGAAUUGCUGCCAAUAACCCGGCUGUGGUUGGUAUAACCGAAUCGGAAAUGGACAUGCACGAGGGCAACACUGGCAUCCAUGAGCGGGUCUUACUUAUAUCACUGGGGACUGGUAUGACAUCUGAGAAGAAGUACGAUGCCAAAAAAGCAGCUUGUUGGGGUGCUCUGGAUUGGCUGAUCGGAAAAGAUCGUUCGGCUCCACUGGUGGAUCUUCUUAUGAGAGUAAAUAGUGACAUGAAUGAGUACCUCAGUGGUUCCUUUUUUAAAGCUCUUCAGCCUAAUAGCAAUUACCUCCGAAUUCAGGACGAUACACUAAGUGGAACAUUGGCUUCUGUGGAUAUUGCCACAGAAGAAAACUUGAAUGAUCUUGUAAAAGUUGGAGAGGCAUUGUUGAAGAAACCCGUUUCGAGAUUGAAUUUUGGUACCGGUAAACUCGAGCCUGUUCAUCCUGAGGUUACAAAUGAAGAGGCUCUCGCGAGGAUGGCGAAAAUUCUCUCUGAGGAGAGGGCUCGGAGGCAGAGGGUGGUCGUUCACGAAAAUGCUGCUCUGCUCUCACAUAAGUCCUUAUUCUUGAGAUUGAACUACUGCAUCUGUAAAGAAGAACGAACCUAUGAUGUAGAUGGUUGGCUUGCUGCAUGGAAGGCGAGUGGCUUCAUGUCAUGGGACGCAUGUAACUUAAAAACUCUCCAGGCAGCUCUUCCAAAAGACCUUGAACAACAGAAAUUAAUAUGCCCACCUGUUACAUUAAUCGCACAGCUAUACGCCUUCAAAUAA